ACUGUGGAGCAGGAAUGUUGGUGAAUGCCAAUUGGGUUCUGUCCGUACUGUGGCUCUGCUGCAGCAGGGGCUUCCCCCAGGUCGGGGCUCUACCCUGCCAGCCUCUCGCCUGGCGUAGCUUCGAGUGUCGUGAAUUAGCCAGUCUGCAGGAUCUGCUCGAUGUGGAGGGGGCCAAGAACUGGCAUUCACUUGCAGUGCGAAAUGAACGCACAGAACUGGAUCUGGACUCGGACACAAGUGUCGAUUAUUUGGCCAAUUUGGUCGACUUGGAUCUAUCCGCCGUCCAGCAACUGAAUCUACACACUCAGGGCUUCUCCGCGCUGCCCAAUCUGCGUCACUUGAACAUCAGUGGAUGCGGUCUGGGCGAGCUCCAUGGCAGCCACUUUGCGGUUGAGUCAGCGCUGCAGCAGCUCGAUGCCAGCCACAAUCGCCUGGAGCUGCUCCCAAAGGAUGUCUUGGGCAAUUUGCGCAAAUUGAUUUACGCCAAUUUCUCACACAAUGCCCUGACCGGCUGCGAGCUGCCCCACUUACCGCUGCUCAAUCGCCUGGAACUUGGCCACAAUCGACUGGUUAAUGUCAGCUUCGGUGUCUGCCCCCAAUUGCAGCAGCUGAUGCUCCACGAGAAUCGCCUCGGACAGUUGGAUGUGAGUGCUUUUCGCGGUCUGCAUGGUCUAGUGGAGCUGCAGCUCAGUGGCAACCAAUUGACCUUUAUUGCCCAGGAAACCUUUCUGCCGCUCAACCAGCUGCGAGUGCUGAACCUCUCCCACAAUGCACUCGACGCACUGCGUCCCAAUGUUUUCGGAGCGGCCCAGAACUUUGUGCUGAAUCUGCAGCAGCUGGAUCUGGCUGGCAACCACAUACGACUGCUGUUCGACAACCAGUUCAGAGUGUUGCCCAGACUGCAGGUGUUGGAUUUGUCCAGGAAUAGCAUUGCCAGCCUGGGCAGCGGCCACUUUGUGGGCCUGGGGUCACUGCGCAAGCUGUAUCUGCAGUCCAACGCUAUACUGGAGAUCAAACCGGGCGCAUUUGCGGCAUUGGCCAACCUGGACACGUUGGAUCUGUCGCGCAACAGCCUGGAGUACUUCGAGGAACAGGCCUUUGGGGGCAACACAUUGACGCGACUGCGCAAGCUUAACCUGAAUGCCAAUCGCUUGAAGCGUCUGCAUCCGCUGGCCUUCUCCUCGCUGCCCUUUUUGGAGUACCUGUCGCUGGGGCACAAUGAACUGGCAUCCCUGGACGUGCGCAUGUUUGCGCCCAUGCGGCAUCUGCAGAAACUGCAUUUGGGUCACAACUGGCUGGAGGAGAUCAGCACCGAUGUGAUGGACUGUCUGAGCAGUGUCAUGGAGCUACUCAUCGACAACAACAGACUCACCUUUUUGACUGCCUUGAACGGCACCUUCCCCAGCCUGAAUCGCAUUGCGAUUGAGGGGAAUCCCUGGCAGUGCACCUGCUUCGUGGAGCUCCAACAGUGGCUGACUUCGAAGCGAGUGACGUAUCUGCGGGAGAACACCGGCUACUACAAGGGAGAGCGACCGCUCUGCGUGAUCACGGCGGUGGAUUACUGUAUCCAGAAUUUGCAUGCCGCACACCGCCAGAAUAUUCAAGCCGAGUUCGAGGUGGAGCAGGAUCAGGAGAACACGGAUGCCUUGGAUGAGAACGAUGCCAGUGCAGCAGUAGACUGAUAACUAAACAUAAGCGAAAUAGGGAAUUGUGGGGCAGUGUCUACAUACAUAAUCAUGAACAAAAGAGAUUAAUGUUAAACAGCAUCCAUUUCUUGAACUAAACGACAAUUUCAUAAAGAAUGUUAUUCGGA